UUCUGGGGAGACACUCAGAAGCCUGGGCUCUGUGGGACCGAGGCAGCAUCCGCUAGCGUGAGGGCAGGGGCCCAGGAACAUCUGCCUUACCUGCUUUGUUUCCGAGAGCUAAAGGAAAGAAGCUGAGGCUUGAAGAGCUAUGACGGCCAUCAACAAGGGCCCAGCCUUGCCGGAUGGAGACCUCCCCGAGCAGGAGAACGUCCUGCAACGGGUCCUGCAGCUGCCGGUGGUGAGCGGCACUUGCGAGUGCUUCCAGAAGACCUACACCAGCACCAAGGAAGCCUACCCCCUGGUGGCCUCUGUGUGCAAUGCCUACGAGAAGGGUGUGCAGGGCGCCAGCAGCCUGGCGGCCUGGAGCAUGGAGCCCGUGGUCCGCAGGCUGUCCACCCAGUUCACAGCGGCCAACGAGCUGGCCUGCCGAGGCCUGGACCACCUGGAGGAAAAGAUCCCAGCCCUCCAGUACCCUCCUGAAAAGAUCGCCUCUGAGCUGAAGGACACCAUCUCAACCCGCCUUCGCAGUGCCAGGAAUAGCAUCAGCGUUCCCAUCGCCAGCACUUCGGACAAGGUCCUGGGGGCCGCUCUGGCCAGCUGCGAGCUCGCCUGGGGGGUGGCCAAAGACACUGCUGAGUAUGCUGCCAACACCCGAGCCGGCCGGCUGGCCUCCGGAGGGGCCGACCUGGCCCUGGGUGGUGUCGAGAAGGUGGUAGAAUACCUCCUCCCUUCCGCCAAGGAAGAGUCAGCCCCUGCUGCGGGACACCAGCAGGCCCAGAAGCCUCCCAAAGGCAAGCCGAGCCUCCUGAGCAGGGUUGGGGCCCUGGCCAACACCCUGUCCCAACACACCUUCCAGACCACAGCCCGUGCGCUGAAGCAGGGCCACGCCCUGGCCAUGUGGAUCCCAGGUGUGGCGCCCCUGAGCAGUCUGGCCCAGUGGGGCGCGUCCGCGGCCAUGCAGGUGGUGUCCCGGCGGGAGAGUGAGGCGCGGGCGCCCUGGCUGCACAGCCUCACGGCCGCCCAGGAGGAGGACCACGAGGACCACACGGACACAGAGGGAGAGACGGAGGAAGAGGAGGAGUCAGACACCGAGGAGAACAAGCUCAGUGAGGUAGCAGCCCUGCCCAGCCCACAAGGCCUCCUGGGCAGCGUGGCCCACACCAUGCAGAAGGUCCUCCAGAGCACCAUCUCGGCCGUGAUGUGGGCGCCCGCGACUGUGCUGGGCUCGGCGGCCAGGAUGCUGCACCUCCCCGGGGCCCCUGCUGUCUCCUCCGCCAAGGGGAGGGCCAUGUCCCUGUCGGACGCCCUGAAGGGUGUCACUGACAACGUGGUGGACACGGUGGUACACUACGUGCCGCUCCCCAGGCUGUCGCUGAUGGAGCCCGAGAGUGAAUUCCGGGACAUCGAUAACCCGCCUGCGGAGGCCGAGCGCCGGGAGGCGGAGCGCAGGGCGUCUGGGGCGCCGCCCGCGGGCCCGGAGCCCGCGCCGCGCCCCCCGCAGCCCCGCGGCAGCCUGCGGCCCGCGCGUAGUCCCGGGGCGCCCCCCGGCCCCGGGCAGGAGGACAGGGCGGACGCGCCCGCCGCGCCGCGCCCGCUCUUCCCGGCGGUGGCCCGCGAGAAGCCCGCGCGCAGGGUCAGCGACAGCUUCUUCCGGCCCAGCGUCAUGGAGCCCAUCCUGGGCCGCGCGCAGUACAGCCAACUGCGCAAGAAGAGCUGAGCCCCGCGCGUCCGUCCGCCCGGCCCCCGGCCCCGACGGCGGCGAGGCCCCCGCGGGCUCUCCAGCCAAGAAACAAAGCCCGCACUUCCAAGUGAGCGCAGACUUCUUCCAAGUGGGCCCCAUUCCCACGGCAUCAUCUUCCCAGCACCUUUUUUGGGCUUAGCUGUCGGAACCUAUUCUUAAGAAGCACCGGAGCAGCAGCUUGCUUUGCUUGUAUGCCUUUUGUUUUUCGUUUUUCCAAAGGAUUAAUGGUCUGACUUGAUGUCUCACUUCUUUAACCAAAUUUGUUGCCAAAUGACGUUUGUUUCCAAAAUGUAGAUCCAGCAUCCGUAGACCAAUAGUAAGCAGGAGUUUGUGACCCAUGUUUAAGCCCUGAGCUCAGAGACUCCCCCUGAGUAUCCAGGCUCUCCGCAGACUCCUUUGAAGGGAGCAACGAUUAGGUGCGAAAGCUGUUGUACGUUUCUAUAAAGAGUAGCCUCGCAUUUCCGAGGACCCGCUACUCUUCCCAGGCUGAGACCCGGCCUGCGCUCUGUAGCGCCACCUUCUGGCUCACAGCCAUCUUUCCGUUUGCAUCCUUCUAGCUUUCCUUCCAUCUGCGCGUUCACCCUUCCGUCGCCUUUUGACCGCUGGCGCCCUGGUGCUGGGGGACGACAACGGUGACCUUUCACCUCCUUGAGGUCUAACCUAGACAGACUGUGUGCAUGGGCUCUGUGACCACAGUUCAUUUCAAGCCCUAUUUUUGAAAAUGGCAAUAUUUGGUAAAUCUAGGGAAUGCAUACGUGCAAUUUAAAAAUUCAAAUAUUGCAAAAGGGUGUGUGUCUUCCUCGCUGAGUUCUCCAGCUCCCCUUCACAAAAAGCACUGUGCUGUCAGUCUGUUGUGCAUCCUUCCAGGUACAGGCUGUGCGUGUGCAGGCCCACUUUGUACACUCCCCACUUUGUUCACACAGCUGUGGGAUGUUAUCCUGUAACAAUACAUCUGAGAGAUCUUGUUGUAUCCGUAUCACAAAUACCCUUUGCUCUUUUUCACGACCAUCCAGUAAGUGCUUCGUGAUAUAGAUGUGCUAUCUUUGACUUCACUAGUUUCCUAAUAAUGGACUUCUAGGUUGUUUCCUUUGUUUUGCUCUUGCAAAUAGUGCUACAAUAAAUGUCUAUAUACAAAAUG